GUUUUCCAUCCGCUUCUGCAGUACCAGUAGGCAGUCAGGGCGGUGAGGUUUUUAACCUCAUCGGGCAGGGACGGAAGUAAAAGAGCUGGAGGUAGUUCGAGUUCGCCGUCGAGACGCGGUGAGGGAAGCGACUCCGCCCGGAAGCCAGAGGCCUCGUGAUUGCAGUAGUGAGUGGGGCGCUAUUGCUUCUGGAUCCGGAGAGGAAAGAGAUGGGGAAGUUUUCGCUGCUUGCGCGUCCCAACCUUCACUGAGGAAACGCCUGUGUCGACCCACCGCGCAGGGGUUGGCCUCCUCGGGGCGUGCCAGAGCGCAUUUGGCAGAGCCACUGUCUACUCUCAGGGCGCGGGAGAAGAGAGAAAAAGGGAAGCAAGCUAGUGUGAGUGGGACUAGGAGGCAGGGUGCUUGGGAGUCGCAGGGGGCGAGGUGGUGCGGAAAGGAGCUGGGGCGUUCCAGGAACUGGGCACUCCUGAAGACUGGAGCCUGGCAGCGGCAGAGUCAGCGAGCAGGACUCGAGGGAAAUUGACGAAUUGGAGAUAAGGGGCUUUUGGCGCUUCAGGAGACUCUAGAGUCAGGCAGCGGGGCCCUCUCCAGGGACGUUGAACUGGUUGUGAAGCUCAAGACAACGAAGGGCGUACGGUAGGGAAACAGCCCCUGAGACGGCGAGAAGACCGGGGCCUGGGUGAGACUUUGCCCCCAGCUAGAAGAAGAGACAGGGUAGCCUGGCACGUCGAGUUGGGGAAGAGAUUCAAGUUUGGCCCCGCUGUGGUUCGCCUUUCUCUUAACUCCUUCCCGAUGUGGUCUUUAGCCGCGCAGGACGCCCCGAGAUGAAGUUGCGGCAAGUCUCGGACUGGAGCGACUUCGUCCGCGGCCGCAGCCUGCGGGAGUUGCUGGACCAACGCCGUCCGGGCGAGGCUCCCAGCCGCAUCUUAGCCAGCCCUGACAAACAACAUCUGUUUCUGUUGUGGAACCAGCCGGCUUCCCAGGCUCGAGUUGUGGCUUUCCAGCGCCUGGGUGUCGAUGGGGAUGAUCUGGAGAGGAGCUGGCAGCCUGCUCAGCCCCCUGUGGUGGGACUGCUUUUCCUGGAAAGCCCCGCGACAGCUGUCUCCUGGGUGCUAACUAUCAUUUGGGAGCAAGGCAAGACUGAACUCUGGCGCUUUGUGCCCGCAGUGGGAUGGCACUUGCUGCAGAGCCUGGAGCUGUGCCAUGGAGCGCGUGCCCGGAUUGUCUCCGUCUGCAGCUGGGGUGGCCAGCUAGUAUGGUGUGAGGAGAGGCCAGCCUUAGAUGCCCAGCUGACUCCCGAGAGGAGAGCCUUCAGGUACUGCAUCUGCACUAGACACCUUCAGAUUGGGGAGCAGGGAGCCCAGCUGAGCCCCUUAAGGAUUGUCUUGCACAACAGCCCUGUUUACAGAGUGCUGGCAUCGCCCUCUGGAGUUUUCCUCGUGCCCACCCUAGCCACCUUCCCAGGCAUAGCCAAGUUUGUCCUCAUCUGGCGGCCUGAAAAUGCUGACAUUGUCAUUGCUGCUCCAUCCAAAGGCUGCAUUUGCGCUAAGGCUUUGCAUCCGAGCUGUGAAGUGGACUUCAAGAAGCUGGUAUUGGGCUGUGUAGGACUCUUGGCAUCUAUGGACGCUUUGGAUAUCCAUAGUUGUGCACUCUCUAGCUGCAGAGGGCUCCUCCUGGUUACCAUGGCAGGAGCUGUGGAGCUGGUUCAACCUAAUGGAGUGUGGAGACCUAUUUUUGACUUUGGGGGAAAUGCCUUGGCCCCAGGGGAGCAAGUGCAACUGAAGGUAUUUGGGGACACCCUUGCCUGCUUUUUCAGAGGGGCUCUUUGUCUUGUGGACUUGGACAACAGGCAAUUGAUAGAAAAGAAAAUCCUGAGCACAGAAGAAGUGCUUUUUUUGGACUUCUGGGCUGAGGAGGAGGAAGUGCAGCUCCUUGCUCCAAGUGGCAUUUACAGCCUUGACUUCCCUGGUACUUACAAGGACAAGCCUCUCCUGGUGGAGAUGGUUUUUGAAGAGGCGUGCAACUACUAUCAGCGGCGGAGCCUCAGCAGCUCUCAACUCACUGUAGAGAAAUUGAAGAAGGGAGACAUGUUUCAGGCUCCAAUUGCACUUUCCUCCAUUCUGUGCCAUAGCCUUGCUUCCAAGGAAAAACGGUCCAGGGCCCUCCCAGAGCAUUAUGCCAAGCUGCUGGGCACGAUGCAACUAGAACUGCAGAGCUAUCGGAACCUGGAAUUCCUGAAAACACAUGUGGUUGGAGCCUUGGAAAGUGAGGUGGAGAGUUAUGGGGAGGCACUGGUGGAGCAGGAGCUCAGUCGUCUUCUGCACUUGGACUUAAACAGGGAGAACCUGGUCUACCUGAAUGCCAUCUUCAGUUCCUUCCCCAGGGCCUGCUGGAAGGCCAUACAGAAUCAUUUGCAGCUACAACAGAAUGGUGAUGGAGUACUGGUAGCCAGAGCCACUCCAGAUGUAUGGAAGAAAAUUCUGGGGGGAUCAGUGCCCAGUCUGAGCAAGCAAGAGGAGGGGUCUCUAAACGGAGUGGUUCCCCUUUUUGAACUUGUCUGUCUCUUGCUACAACAGUUCAAGCCUAAAUGGCUGCCUCAGUUUGUGGGGCUAUCUCAGCAGUACAUGGGUGCCUCUUGGACUUACAGCAACAAGGAGGGUCCUGAGAGUGGUGUACCCCUCUACAAGAGAGUGCUGGCUGUGCUGCCAAGGAGAAGCAGAGGUACUCUGGCAGAUGGGGAAAUGGAAAUUGAGCUCCUGCUAUGUAGCCAACGGCCCAAAGCCAUACUACAGGCCAUGGACCUCCUUAUCCAGCAUGGGAGAUGGCAGCGUGUGAUGGAGGCAGCAGAAAAGUUCUCCGUGUUAAGCCCUUUGCUGAACAAAGAGAUAUUUAUCAUCCUAUUAAGAGAGUUUUCCCAGCAUAGGGCGCUGGAUCCUUACUUGGACAAGCUGUGGGACCUCUGUCCUACAGAUCUGAGUGCUUCUGAUGUCCUGAGCCACAUUCAGCAAUACGUAGCCCCAAUAGAACUUGACCCUCCUCCCUUCCCUCCAGAUGGGUCUUUCCAGCUGACUGUUGGCCUGCUCAAGCCGCUGUUACACAAACUGGCCCAUUGUCCAUCUGGCCAGGAUGAAAUUUAUGGUGAUGUCUUACAGAGCCCAACCUUCCCUCCACCAACCCCACCCAGGCAACACAAAGUUGUUCCAAAGGCAAUUUCCCAGGAAGAGUUGACGCCUUUUCAGAACCACACAUAGCACGUCUUGUGUGAGGUGGUAUGAAGCCUAGAGAUGGGAAUAGACAAAAUGGCAUCCAAAGUAAUUGGUCCUGCUGGAGGCAGGAGCUUCACCCUGUGUAGCUCACUUAGGCUGUACAUCAGCAAGCUGUUUCUGCCAUGGCUGGUGGAAAAUCCCAAAGAUUAUUGUACUGCCAGUGGGUUUAUUUGGAAGAGUGCAGAGCUUGUGCCAAGAAGUGGAUGUUUCUGGUGCCUUAAACAAGAGCAGAUAAUUGCAUACAAGAACUGCACCAUCGCUGGUACAGUUAGGCAAGCUGCUGUAUUCCCAUCCUAUUAUGAAUAAUGCUGGUGGGUGUGGUGUUUUUUAAAAUUCCUCUACCUUUUGGUAAAACUCUAGUCUACAUUCAUUGGUCAUAUUUGCAUGUGAGUUUAGUUUUGCUGGGGAAUUACCUUGCUUUGACUAUCUUGAGGGUAUACUAUAACACUUCAUAGUUAAUGCUCUAGUAUCUACCUUUUUAAGAUGCAGGGAUUGUUUCCUGGCAAUAUGCCAGUUUGUAAGCCUGGAAAUUUCACUGGCCAGUAUUACUUCCUCCUGAAACUAAAGUUCUAGAAACUCCCUGACUGAGAACCUGUCAGCUGUCUGCUUCUCUGGCUAACAACCCACUCUUGGGGUGCACCACAAGCUGUGUUUAAAUAUGCAUUAUUUUCCUGCAGUAGGGGAAGCCCCGGCUUUUCCCUCUGCAUAUGCGUGCACACACACCUUUGUCCCCUAGAGUGGCCUUAUCUUUUGCUUUAAAAAAAAAAGUGGAGAAGAUUGUCAGUAGAAGAGGCUCUGUAGUUCACUGGAGUAAUCCAUGCCCUGUACAUUUACACAGUAGUGGAACUCUUCCUAAUGAUUUAUGCUUAACACCCCCACUCCACUCCCAUUUGCCUUAGGCCAAAGCAGUAAUGCAGUCAGCUCAGAAUGCUUGUUGGUGUCUUGCAAUUCCCCAUUCUGCCUAACUAUCAUUGGGGGGAGGGGGAUGAGGAGACCCUGUUUAUCUAUAUGCAUAUGUAAAACUAGUAAGAGUUUAAUCGCUGAAGCCUUCUCCCAUAAAGGGGACAGGAAUAAUCAAUUUUAACAGUUUCAGACAGGAGUGUGUUUUUUUUCUUUUUACAAGUGGGGGAAAAUAUUAUUUUAAACCUUAUGAGAUUGCUGAAAUCAUAUUAAACUGCAAAACUUCCCAGUAAGGUGCAAAGGAGGGAGAUAGCUUAUUGAGUGCAAGUACCAAGUCACUGUGCACUUCAGUUUUUCUGCUCAAAGGAUGGGCUUAGCUGCUUCUAUGCAGCCAAAAGUAGGGUGUGGAAUACAAAAGGGGCUUUAUUACUCACAGAGCUGUCUGGAUACUCAGUCUAGGGAGACAUGGUCAGGAGUUACUAUAUUUUGUACUACUACUGUUUGUGCUCUUUCUAAUUCUUUUUGCCAUUCCCAAGCUUGCUGAAUUUGUUGAGUAGCAUUUUAGCAGGCAACAGCGAUCCUCCCCUCCUACUGAGCUGCCUAAAUUCCAAGCAAAUCACAUGUAUUCUGCCUAGGCCCAAGCCUCCUGCUGGAGCACUUGAGCAAUCUGGAUAUUUUGUGUGCAAAACCCUUUUCUUUGGUGCUGUACAUUAACCCUUACUGGGGUGGGGAGUGGAUGAUUAGCAGAACAUAGGGAUAGCUUUGGCUCUCCCUGCUCUCUGUCAGAUGAUGGGGAAGGCCAUACCAAUACUGACCAAUGACCAGUUUGUCAGUACUUAGCACCGAAAAGUAUAAAAUGUGUUAUUUGGGAGAGUGAAUUGCAUUCCAGGCACCUGUAAUGAAACAGCACAAGUGAAGGGCUUGUUCCAAACCCAGCUAAUCCAUUUCUACAAUACUCUUUACAGGUCUUCUGCAUGCUCUCAGAUAACCCACAAGCUUUGUCAGCCUGGAGCCAUUUAAAAAAUAAUAAUAAAUUCUAAGGAUAAGAAGCAAGUAAAUUGUCUUCUCCCUUAAAGCUGAAAGCUUAGAGAUGAGGGUGUGGGUAUUUGCAAAGCCUGCAGAGAGGAGUGGGCUUUCUUUUUCCGAGCCACCCACAUUAAAAAAAAAAAGGCUUUGACAGUGCUGGGCUUCACAAGUUUCUGAUGUUCCAGUGGUGUCUCCUAGAUAAACUUCCCAUAUGAUGUCGUUGAAUGGUGUGUGUCCUGCCCAUUCUGAGUAACUUGGCAGUGAAAUAGGAGAGAUUUUUACACUUAUCUUGACAAACAAAUUUAUUCUGCCUUUAAUGUGAUUCUGGUUCUUGAAAUCAUUUGUGUCCUGUAUGCAGUAUUAAAAGGUAAACAAUCUUACAA